UGGUAUAGUUGUGCUUUACUUCAGGACUCCUGGUUUUGGUGGCUAGAGGGAGUGGGGAUACCUAGCUUUUUCUCAAAACAGUAUUGUCUUGGUUUCCCUGUUUUUGAAGGGUUUAAUAACACUCACCUUGCAGCAAGGUUCUGGGGCUUAAUCCAUGACUGUUUGUAAGGAGAUCAGAGAAAAGCAAGUAGCUCCACUUAUUACUGUUAUCUAAGAUGAGCUGGGUGAACCUACAAAAGAAAGACGAGGGAGAAGGUAAUGUGAUCCUUUGACAGAGGUGGGCUUUUUUGUCCGGUUACUGUCUGCAUUUAACUUGUUUGUAGUGUGCUGGAGUUAGGGAACAGGGCAAGAGAUUGUUUAUUGCUCUCCACCUCACAGCCCCCUGCUCCAAAGGACUGGGGCUGUCUUCUACCAGCUGGGCAGUGCACCAGCUACGUGCACCUGCGGUCUGGCCAGUCACGUGGAUGGCCGGUUUCUUCCUGGCAUCUGCCUCAAAAGAAGAGGAGGUGUCAGAGAGCUAAACCAGAAGGCUCCAGUGUAUGGAACUGGCCUCCCUGUGUUAGAGGCAUUUCUGUGGCCAGUCUGGGAAACAGACAACAGCUCCAAAAAUGUGUAUAACUGUGCGUUAAACUGUGUGGACCACGCCUCGCGUCAUCUUCUGGCCUGGAACGCAGAGCUCUCGGUUUCACUGGGAUCCGUGCUCCUCCUUCCAUCCUGAAGUCUUACAGAAUAUUGUUACAGCCCUGGCUGUAUUUCAGAGGUGAAUGAAAUGAGUUCCCACCUGAGGUUGGUCCUGUGUUUGGUUGCCAGUUCUGCUGCUCUCCUGCCCUGUAAUACUGGCCUCCUGUCCGCUGCCACCCUGGCGCUGCGCCGCCUGGAUGGCGUUUUCCUCUCGCCCAGCGAGGAUGACUUCGUGGGCAGGAUCGCGGAGGAGCUGGAGCAGUUCCUGCUCCAGGGCCAGCAGCACAGAGUGCUCCUGUUCCCCCCUCUGUCCAGCCGCCUCCGGUACCUGAUCCAUAGGACAGUGGACAACGUGGAUUUGUUAAGCAGCUUUUCUGUUGGGGAAGGAUGGAGGAGGAGAACGGUUAUCUGUCACUCGGCCAUAAGGCUGCCUGAUGAGGCCAGCGACCAAAACCCCGGCAACAACGCGUCGAGGCCGCAGCGGCCUCCCCAGCCGCGGGGCCGAGGAGGCCGAGCCCCCGGGCCGCGUCACGGCGUGGAGGUGCCUAGGGACGCGUGUCGAGCCAGCGGAGGAUCCGGCAGGAUAAAAAGGCCACCCCGGAGGAAGCCAGACAAAGCCCUGUACGUCCCCAAGGCGAUGCGCAAGAAAGCAGAACGGGUGGAGAGCGAGAGCCCGGGGGUGGCUGGCACCGAGUCAGGCGGGGAUGUGGCGCAAGGAGAAGAGAUCUGCCCUAAAGCUUCCGUCAGCGGUGCCCAAGGCGAACUGGACAAGUCCGAAGGCAGCACGGAGUCCGACGCAGCAGCCGGUGGUGUCUCUUUGGCCCUUGGCAAGGAACAGGAUGUGGGAGAAGCUGACAAAGAGUCUGUUUCAGGAAAAAAUGAUGAUAAAAAUGACGACCGUCCUGCCUGCUGCAUGGAUGUCCCGUUGCUAGAGAGUAGUAAUGACCUCCCUGGGCAGGAAGGUCAGGAUAAAGACUGUUCAGAUUCCUUUGCUUCUGUACACAACGAAAACCUAAGUGAAGCGGAAGAGCAAGCUGAGAGCUGUGACAACACUAUUAAAUUGGAAGGUAGCAAAACCCUGUGCCAGCUGCAAGCUCAAGACCAAAACAGCAGGGAUGCUGGUGUACUGGAAGGCAGCAAAAACAUCUCGCUAUCAGAAAGUCGCAGCAGUGACUACUGUACAGACAUUGCUGCAGCAGAGUCUAGUGCAACAUUAGUGCCGGUGGAAACCCAAGAUAAGAGCUGUACUGCUGCCAAGAUACUGGGGAGUGGCAAAAACCUGUCGCCGCUAGAAGAGCAGAGCAAGGACUUUGUGAAUGCUGGCACGUUGGAGCUGAGCAAGAGUUUUUCAGAACUGGAAAGCCAGGAUCAAGACUGCCCCAUUAUCACCCAGGUGGAGCAUAACCAACACCAAAACUCCCCAGAAACCGAAGAUCAGCAGCUGACUGCACCCAAAUCAGUCUGUGGUGAGAACCCACCAGCUCCUGACAUCCAGAACCAGUGCGGGGUCGAUGUUUCUGUGCAAAACCACGGCAGAAAGGUAUUCCUGCCAGGAGAAGGGGACAAGGAGUGUUCGGGCUUGGCUGAUGCGCUGUGGCGUGAGCUGCAGUUGUCUGCAGGUGAUAAAGAUGAAGAGAACCCAGCCAUCCAUGAGCAGAACAACUUUGAGGAUGACUGCACCACUGAGCUCUUGGAAGAGAUUGCAACUUAUUUAACUGUGAAGGACAUAAGCAUUGAGAAGAUCAAGUUUGAUUAUUCCAGUUAUGGAGAUGCACAGCUCAGCGAAGGGGACUUCGGACACGUAAUUGAAAUCUAUGACUUCUCCCCAUCGCUGAAAACGGAGCACCUGUUAGAAAUGUUCUCUGAGUUCCAUGAGAGCGGAUUCAAAAUUCAGUGGGUCGACGAUACUCAUGCCCUGGGAAUCUUUUCCAGUCUGGCAGCAGCAUCUCAAGCUCUGGGACGAAGUUAUCCUUCUUUAAAGAUUCGCCCAUUGAUCCAUGGGACGAGACAGUCUAAAAUUAAGGCGCUUCAGCGACCAAAGCUCCUUCAGCUUGCGAAAGAGAGACCCCAGACCGACACUGCGGUGGCGAGGCGGCUGGUGACCAGGGCGUUGGGACUGAAGCACAAAAAGCAGCGAGUCUCAGGCAAUGAAGCGCUCCUGCCAGAAAGCUUGGACCAGGAAGAGUAAACCAUGUCAGCUAGACGCGAUGUAUAGAUGAGCAUGGCUGUGAUAUUAAACUGCAUGCAGAACA